AUGGAUUCUAGUUCGAAGAAUCUGGAUACUUCAGUGGUACCGCAUUUGCACGAAGUACACCCUUCCAAGGUUAUCGAGGGCUCUCGAGGAUAUGGAAGAACUACACUCAAUACAUCAGCAGCAAAGUGUGGAGCUCAAACAGCCAAGAAUGUCAGGAAGAUUCUAAGUGGAACAAGCGAAGUUUAUCCAAGUACUAAUACGAUUGGUCCGCCUGUCAAGACUCCCAUUGUCAAAGAAAACAAAAAUAGAAGUUAUCUGCAGUCAUUUCCGAUUAUUGGGCCUUCGACGUAUCCAUAUUCACUGAGUGAGAUACUUAAGUAUGCUUCUGAGUCUACAAGCAAAAUAACUUUGAUACAAGAUGAAGGACUGUUAAAAAUGUGCAAACUCCUUAGAAAGGAAGGAGUUUUUUUGAUUAAGAUUACCAGAAACAAACGUAGGAAGUACUUAUUCAAACUGGAUGACGAUAAUAGUGUGGUUACAUGGCGAUCUGAUAAAAAGAAAAAGUUGGAACUGGAUUCCAUAAAGGAUAUUCGAGUAGGGACUAUGGCUAAUAACUAUUUUGAUGAACAUGAUAUGUCUCCUGCGUUAAAUAAUCUUUGGAUCACACUUAUUUAUUCAGUUGGGAGAAAGCUCAAGGUGUUACAUUUGUUGGCUCCUGAUAGCAAUGCUCAUAAUAUUUUCUUUAAUUGCAUCUAUGGUUUGGUCACUGUAAGGAGACGUAUAAUGGAAAGCUUAUUGCUGCCAGAUAAUGAAGAAUUCGCUCGAGUCCAUUGGAGGCUAGCUGUAUCAGAAUUAGAGGAAGAUGAAGGUAAAGAUGUUUUGACAUUUGACCAAAUACGAAAACUUUGCAGUAAUUUCCAAAUAUAUUGCACUUCAGAACAUCUUUUGAGAUUAUUCAAGAACGCUGAUGUUAAUCGAAACCAGUUAUUGAACUUCAAGGAGUUUCAGGCUUUUGUUAAAUCGCUAAAGCGCAGGAAAGAAAUUGACACGAUAUGGAACUCCCUAAUCAAAGAUCAAGAGUUUCUUGAUUUCGACAGUUUUUGCAAUUUUUUAGUUGAUAUACAAGGUGAAAUACACUUAAAAAGGGAUGAGAUAAAGACUAUAUUCCGAGAUUUCAAAGAAACUGAACGUAUUGGAAUGACAAAGGGAGAUUUCGUGAGGUAUUUGAAUUCACGUCCCUAUUUAACCAGCGCAAAGGAAAGAAACAUAGAUUAUACCAGGCCAUUGAAUCACUAUUUUAUUGCAUCUUCCCAUAACACCUAUCUACUGGGAAAGCAGUAUGGUGAGACGCCUUCUGUGGAAGGCUACAUCCAAGUUUUGCAGCAAGGUUGUAGGUCUGUUGAAAUCGAUAUUUGGGAUGAUAAUUCAGGCCCGGUUGUUUGUCAUGGUAUAUUGACGCCUGCAAUCCCGUUAGCUAAUGUUAUAAAGGUCAUUAGAAAGUAUGCUUUCAUUUCUUCUUACAUGCCACUGAUAAUAUCUUUAGAAAUGCACUGCAAUAAAGAAAACCAAAAAGCAGUUGCAAUCAUUCUAAAAGAUCUUCUUGGGGAUUUACUUUAUACUAAUGAAAGUACUGAACUAGGAGAUAUGCCGUCUCCAAUGGAAUUAAGACACAAAAUCGUAUUAAAAGUGAAGAAAUCCAAAAGUUAUUUUCAAUCCUCUAAUAACUCAUCAUUUUCUUCAUCAUCGUCAUAUUAUUCUUCGUCUUAUUUUUCUUCUAAUGAUUCAGAAAUAGAUUCGACUAAUAUGAUUGCAAUAUCAUCUACAAGUAAACCCAAGGGUUUGAGGAGGCUCAAAAGAAUUGGUAGUCUUAAAAAACGGGCGGAUGUUAUUCCAGUAUUAUUGGACAUUUCAAGUAUUUAUGGGCUGAAAUUUAGAAAUUUUUCAUUACCUGAAUCGAAAACCGUAAAUCAUUGCUUUUCCUUGAAUGAAAAGAAAGUUGACUUUAUGAUCAAAGAUUCUGUGCUUUCAUGUUCCUUAAACAAACACAAUCGAAAAUAUCUUAUGCGAGUCUAUCCACAUGUCUUGAGAUACAAAUCAUCAAACUUCAACCCAAUUAAGUAUUGGAAAUUGGGCGUUCAAAUGGUUGCCACAAACUGGCAGACAAAUGAUAUCGGACAACAACUAAAUCUGGCAAUGUUCCAACUAGAAGAUACUAGGAACUCAAUGAUGAAUUCUGGAUAUAUUUUGAAGCCUAGAAAUCUGAUUGACAGCGUAAGCAAGAUUAAAGAUAUUACAUCAAUAUACAACAGUGAUGAUAGAAGACCGGUCAAGUUGAGAAUGAGGGUAGUUUCUGGGCAAUUGCUUCCACAUGUGACAAAACUUAGUAUUAACAAGAAUGAAAUCAAGGGAAAUGAUUGCGGCUCACACACUUUUGCUCCAUAUGUUGUGGCCAGGGUGAUCGAUGAUGAGGAAUCCAUUGUGAAACCCUUAUUCGACGUUCGAAAUGGAACUCAACUUGGAGCUAACGAAAUAAUGACGAGUACCUGUCAAGGAAAUGGGUUUAAUCCUAUUUUCGAAAUGGAAUUUCAAAUAAUUUUAAGGAACCUAGAUUUCUCGUUCCUCCAAUUGGUGGUUAAAACUAAUGAAAGUUCGAUUGGUACAGCUUAUUUGAAAUUAGAAUAUCUCAAAAAAGGGUAUAGACAUAUUCCUUUGUUCAAUAGCGAGGGUCAAAGAUAUACUUUCUCAACAUUAUUCAUUUACUCUGAGCUGACUGAAAUAGAUUACUGA